AUGGGGCAGAGGAGGGAGUGGGAGGGCGAGAGGCAGUCGCUGUUUCCCAUCCCUGGCAUGGAUGCCAAGCGCGGCUGGACGCCGGGCCUCGUUGGCAGAGGGAGGCCGAGAAAUUCCCGGCUGAGGCGGAUGGCUGAGCCCGUAGUGCUGUUGUUCAUCGAUAAGUUUGACUAUGUCUUCGCAGAGAACGGCACGGUGCAAUACAAGAAUGGGCAGCUGGUCUCCAAGCAGGCCAUUCAGGACCACUUGGGGGAAGAGCUGCUGCAGGAUCUCAUCAAUUUCUGUCUCAACUACCUGGCGCUGCUGAAGCUGCCCAAGAAACGAGGAACGUUCAUUGAGUUUCGCAACGGGAUGCUGAACAUCUCCCCCAUCGGACGGAGCUGCACUCCAGAGGAGCGAAUCGAGUUCUCUGAGCUAGACAAGAAAGAGCGGAUCCGGGAGAAGUUUGUGGCAGCCUUGCAGAGGGAGUUUGCUGGCAAAGGGCUGCGUUUCUCUCGAGGUGGCAUGAUCAGCUUUGACGUCUUCCCAGAGGGCUGGGACAAGCGCUACUGCCUCAACGUGCUCGACGAUGAGAGAUUUGACACCAUCCAUUUCUUUGGGAACGAGACCACCCCUGGAGGGAACGAUUAUGAAAUCUAUGACGAUCCCCGCACGGUGGGACACAGUGUCCAGUCCCCCCAGGACACGGUCCAGCGAUGUCGCGAAAUCUUCUUCCCAGAGAGAGCGAACGAGUGCUGACUGCCAGGUCUCCGCAGCCCUGCCCCAGCCCCACCCUCUCCCCCCACCAGGAAAAGCACCUUCAUUUGAGGAAUCUACUCAGGGUAGACCAAAAAAAACCACUUUCCAGAGCUGGUCAGGAUGCAA